UCCGUCGCACUUUAAAUAUCCUAGCGACCGACUCAACAGCGUCUCCCGUUGUUGCUAUCGAUGCUUUCAUGACAUAGGCAGUCAAUGCAGCUUUCUGACUAGAUACUUGAAGAUGAUAUAAGUUAAGAAAUUGCGUUAUUUGUGUUUGACGUAAUAUUUUCGCGUGUGCUGAAACAAUAUGCCACCUAAACGAAGAGGGCCUUUGCUAAACCUCCAAAGAGAAGCCGAUGGGUUGAAGACCAAGCUGGACAGGUUGAUGGUUGACGCUAAGCAACUUAAUGAACAAACCCGUGCUGAUUUGAAACAGAGAUGCUUGGAAUUGCUCAACGCAGUAGAGGAAACCACAAAGACCUUGAAGACACUGACUAAAGCCGAUGAGCCUGCCCCAGUGGGGCGCUAUGACCAGCUGAAGAGGGAGGAGGACACCCGGCUGCAGGCCUUCCACAACCAGCUCCACGCCCUCCGCCUACACCUGCAGACCCCAGAGGAAUCCGAGGCCAGUGACCGGACGUCGGCCCCAAGUGCAUCCGGGGACCAGGAAAGUGAAGAAGAGAGUGAGGAAGAGGAGGAGAGUGGAGAUGAAGAUGAGGAGGAGGUGGAUGAGGAGGAGGAGUUGGAGUUGGAUGAUGCUAAAGAUGCAGGGGACGGAGGGAUGGAGAGAGUGGUUGCCCUCAGCUCUUUCAAAGGAGAGGAAGAGGGGGACUUAACUAUGGAGAAGGGAGACGUGCUGCGCAUCGUGAAGAAGAACAGAGAUGGCUGGUGGCUGGCACAGGACUCCCAGGGGAACAUCGGAGUGGUGCCCAAGACAUACGUCAAGAUUCAGCCACUGCUGGAGGCAAAAUCAGUAGUAGCAGCAUCAUCAACAGCAGCAGCAGCACCACCACCACCACCACCAAAAGAAGAAGAAGAUGAAGAAGGAGAGGAGGAUGAGGAAGAGGAAGAGAGUGAGGAGGAUGGAGGUGGUGGUGAUGACGUACCCGAAGAGGCCAAGUCCAAGACCAGUCUCUCGAACUGGGACACAGUCAGAAAGGCCAUCACAGAGAUUGAUGCCACUGAUGUUUUGUCUGCCAUGGGGGCAAUCCCAGCUGGCUUCAGACCAUCCACCUUGUCAAAACUAUUGGAGGAGGGAGUCACCUACCGAGGGAGCCACUACAUCCAGCCGGAGCUCAGUCAGUCGUGUCUGUCCUUUAAAGACCUCUUCCUGGACCCAGACACGGGCAAGGUGAGGUCGCGCUCCUCGAGGGUGUGUGUGAGUUUGUCCCUGUGGAGCUGCCGUAUGAUCCCGCCCCCAGGUGUCGGGUUACAGGUGCUCAGCCGACACGUACGAUUCUGCGCCUUCGAUGGACAGAAGGUGCUGAGCAACAUCUACACAGUCAGAGCAACGCACAGCUCAAAGAACCCCAAGACCUGGACCUUCUCCCCCAGGAUGACUGGGCAGCUCCCUAGCCUCCUGGAUGGAGACUGCUUCUUCCGCUGUGACUCGGCCUCCCCUAACCUGGGCAUCCUCUUUGAACUGGGGGUCACCUACAUCAGAAAUUCCACAGGUGAACAGGGUGACUUGAGCUGUGGUUGGACCUUCCUCAAGCUGCACGAUGCCAACGGAGCUCUCAUCCCCCUGAGGACCUAUGAGCUGACUCUGCAUGGAGGGACCCCCUAUGAGACUAAUGUGGAGGUGGAUCCUUCGCUCACCAAAGGAGCGGCGGGCAGUGUGUUUCAACAGAUGAUGAUGUCCAGGAGGGUGCCCAAACUCAUCAUUAAGCUACGCACGCCCAACAACAGGACCAUGUCUCACUUAAACGUGCUGCCGGAUACCUUUGUGGGCUCCCUGUGCUCGGUUCAGCUGCUGGCCAUCUUUAGACAACUGCUGGCGGACACACUGCUGCUGGAUAGAGUUACCAUGCAAAGCGCAGACUUGAUCUGCAGCUCAGUGUUGGCCACUUUUCCCGGGAUUCUGGACCAAUCAGACCUGCUGGAUGCACUCCAACACCAGUGGGAGAACGCAGAGAGACUCAUGAAGAGGUCGGAGAAGCGGGACAUGUCGGUGGUGAAGCGUGAGUUUGUGCGCGUGUACAUGGACCACGUCUUCCCCCUGCUCUACUCCGCGGACCUGCCCCCACCCCUCUGGGCCGACGAGGACGUAGCCAAUCAGAGAGCUCGAAACAUCUUCGCCAACCCCAAAUCCUCCGACCUCACCCACCAGGCUUUCGACAUCUCCCAGGUCACCUACGACCUCCUCAGCUCAGCCAGACACUGACCAAUGGCGGCCCCAAAGGCAUCACCCAACACGGACCAAUCAUUGUUGUUUGUGGUUUCUCAUUGACCAAUCGCUGCACCCAGGAAGUGAACACUGUCCAAUCAAUCACAAGCAUGAUGUGACACUCAUGGUGGAAAAAACAACACCCACACACCCACACACUUUACACAUCCUGUGUGACCAGAGCACACACUAUUUAUUGAAUCAUAAUAAAUAUUUUUUA